UUUAUAUGAGAAGUCAAAUCAAUGUGUACGACAGGGUAAGAAGAUGAAAGAUGUACAAAAUAUACAGCAGUCCCGGUGUGUACUACGACCCUCGACAGACCGAUGAAACCAGUCGGCUCAAAUACACAGACAAAGUAUUUAACGAGAUACUCGGCUGCGAAAGGUUCCACUCACUGAGAACGACACAAGUGUCGAAUAGGUCCAUAACAAGAGUGCACGAACCGCGAAUUCAGUCAGAGAUGUAUAGUGCACAGAGACAGAUAUGAGUACUCAGCAGCUGACUGAGAUACCAACUGCAUAUAAAUGGAUCCUCCCCGCGAACGUACAUGCAAACAGACGAAAGUAGUGCAUAGAAGAUGGAUCUAUGGCUCACCAAAAGUGCAAGUUAACCAUCCGACAACCGUACCCGUACGACCAUUGACGCCUACGAUUCCCUUCGACCAUCCCUGCGUUAUACACUUACAGCUGUUCCCACGAGUGACUGAAACCGUUCAAUCAGCGACAUCAGUUGAAGAUGUGUGGAUUCGACGUCGAGGCAGUAAGGGCAGCUUGACGGCCUGGCUAUGGAUGAUGAGUCGCGCAAAGUGGCCAACUCCUUGUGAUGGAUCACCGGUGUACCCAACGUCACCAGAUGAUAAGCGAGAAUGAGGCAGACAGGCCUCUAC